ACUUGUUUGGUUACCCAAACUUUCGCAUUUAAACAUCGGUCGAGUUUAAAAUAUGGAUUGUAUAUCGGCAACAGAGAAGAUCACAAUCGAAGAACAAACAUUCCAAGACAAUGUUUUAUUGGAGAUGAUUAAAGAAAUUUGUUCAGAGCCGGAGUGUUUGUCAUCAAACGUUAGGGAAAAAGUAAACACAAUCAUCGCUGACUGCGAUCUCGCCCAGUACACCGGCUUGCAUAAACUAAGUACGGCCGAUGAAACAACUUCUACUUUAUUUGGUUUCACGCACAGUGUGGGUACAGAAUUAACUUAUGAUGAGCAAGCUGAGCUGAACCAGGCUCUUAUCCAGAGGAUACAGGACAAGAUUCCUAAACUGACCUCUGAACUGGAACAGCUAACAGAACCUAAAGAUAGAAAGUCCCGGAAAGAACAAAUAAAAGACCUACAAGAGAGCCUGGACGCUAAGUUGAAGAUAUUGGAGGAACAGGAGAGUGAGAAAGUGGACAUCAUGAUGCAGUGGCUGAACCACCGAGUGCACCACAUCAUGAAGUAUGAGGAGGAUUCCACUGAGCUACUGACUGUGAAGACCAAAAUUCUAGAAGUUAAAUCACACAUCCUCCAUCUUCAGAUACUACAGAACAUAUUCACGGAGACCAACCAGUCCAUCAAAGCGUACCGGGAAGUUCACAAAGAUAUCUUGGACAGCAUCAAGGAAUCUGAAGAACAGAUCAAGAAGUUCCAAGAAAUUGUCGGCAGUGAGGAGCUUGAUUGAGAAGUACUGCAUCCAUGAUAUUUGUUUAUACUUUUUUAAUGGAAAAGACUUAUACUUGGUCCAUAUUAGAUCAAUCAUUUCUUUUACAAAUAAUAAGGGUAAAAGGUUGUUUUGGCUCUGUUAAUAUGGGGUUCCAGCAUUAUUGUGAACUUUAAACCAUACAGUUUGGGGAAAACUAAGUUACUUAGUAAAUAUUGUGGUACUAAAAGCUGGAAUAAAUGCCAGGCAGUAGGCUUCUGCUAUUGCAUUGGGGCCAAUUUCUUCAUUUUUUGGUUCCAGUUAUAAUUUAAAUAUUAUGUAUGAAUAAUGUCUUCAAAUGAUUAAUUAGAAUUACACUGUUAAACUGCUCUAACAUGCCAAGCUAGUUUAUUUAUUUUAAUAAAUGUUUUAAGUUCA